AUGGAUUUUAUCACACGUUUGAAGCAAUUGAGUGAUUUUGUGUUUAGGGUUUUUGUGUUUGGGACUUUGAAGCAAGUUUUUGAAUUUUCGGGGCUGUUCUUGUUGUUGGGUUUUGGGUUAAAGCUCUUGCAAUUUGAUUGGUUUUACUUUUUUACCGGUUCGGUCCGGUUUCUUGGUGAUUUAAGAGGAAAAUUAGGUGGGUUUUGUUCACAGAGUGAUUUUGACGAGAAUGUCAGUUCAAAAUGCAAAUGUGGGUCAAGGAAUACUAAUGCACCCAUAGUCGAUAAAAUGGAGGAAAAUACAGAAAAUUUGAAUAUAUUUACUGUUGUUGAUGAAGAAGUAAUUCCAGAUUAUGAUGAAGAAUGUGAUGCUGAUGAAAAAGAGUAUAGUGAUAGAGUUGAAGAAUUUGAUAUUUUAGAAUUGAAGAAACUUGUAAAGAUUGAGAGGAAGAGAGCAAGUGUAGCUUAUGCAGAACUUGAGAAGGAAAGGGCGGCUUCUGCCACUGCAGCUGAAGAAACAAUGGCUAUGAUUUUGAGACUUCAGAAUGAGAAGAGUUUGAUCGAAAUGGAAGCUAAUCAGUACCGUACAUUGGCUGAACAGAUGCAACUCCAUGAUCAAGAAGUGAUUAGAUCAUUGAAGUGGCUUCUACUGAGUCAUUCAUCAGAAAAUAAUCUUUUGGAAGAUCAGUUGAGACUGUGUAUGAGAAAGUUGAAACAUUUUGUCAAGAAUGAUGAAUGUGAAGGAGCCGAAGAAGGUUCGAGUUCUUUGAAUCUCAGGAUUGAGGAUGCCAUUGAAGAUGUGUUCUAUAGCUCACUUGACAUGAAUUUGUUGCAGGAGAAUUAUAGACAAUGA